AUGAGCAGGCUGCCCCUGGGUUUGAGUCCAAGUCAGCUGCCGUCUGCCAGGCCCUCCUGCAUCUUUCUGGGUCCCAACGCCCUUCCCGAGACCCCGAGCAGUUCCUCUGCUUGUGAGCCCGAAGAACAAGGACCUGUUCCUCUCCAAGGGCAGGGGGCACCUGGGAAAUCUCGGGAAGCUGCAGCGCUGCUCUCUGCGGUUUGGCGGCAGGUCGGCCGGGUGCAUUUCAUCCUCUCCGGUUUCUCUGGUGCUCCCCUCGUGGCUCAGCUGCGGAAGAAGAUGCUGAGUCAGCCCUGGUCCCAGGAGGAGGAUGAGAGAUGCGUGGAGCCCAGCUGGAAAUCCACCAACCCACAGGUGUAUGAAAAUGAUACAAACGACACCCUACCUGGCCAAAUGUUUCUUUCGCUGGAGAUCAUUUUGUUUGUUUCCAUGGAAAAAUUGCAGCUGUGGGCUGGGCCCAGAUCUCCGGCGGUCCAGGGCUCCGGCCAGCGGGCAGGGAUGAGCGGAUCCCUGGGCCGGGCACGCAGCUGGUCAGAGCACCUGGACGCAUUGACGAAGAAGGCCAAGGUGGUGGUCUUCCCCAAGGGGAUGCCAGAGCAGCCCCAGUGCAGCUUCAGCAAUGCAUUGCUGCAGAUCCUGUGA